AUGGGCGGUGGUGAUCAAUUCCCUGACACUCGGAAGGAGAAGAACGAUCAGAUCGCAUCUCCCACUCAGAAUGUCCAUCUGCAUGCUGUGGUGGACCUGGGAAGCAAUGGUAUUCGAUGCUCAAUUUCGGACCUUUCGAACCCCACAACCAGAGUGAUUCCCACUGUUCACUUUCACCGGGUCAACAUCUCUUUGUACGAGGCCCAGAUCGAUCCAGAGACAGGCAACCGCAUCCCCAUUCCUCAAUCCGUGAUCGAUCGGGUCGUUAGCGCUAUCGUUCGAUUCCAGAUUAUCUGUGUUGAAAUCGGCGUUCCGUCUUCCAAUAUUCGAUUCAUUGCCACUGAGGCGACAAGGACGGCGAUCAACUCUGCCGCAUUUACAGAUGCCAUCUACAAUAAGACCAGUAUCCGAGUGCAGAUGCUUCCAAAGGAGGAGGAGGGUAUUGUUGGUGGAGGAAGUAUGCAAAUGACCUGGAUCAACUCUCACAACGGCAAUAUACACAUCAGCCCGCAAGGGUCUGUGAGUUUCCCUUACGGUGCGGCAGCAUUGACCCAGAAAUUAGCCGAUCUACAACGUGGGAAAGGCAAAAAGGAAGCAGAAAGGUCGAAGGAGAAUUUCCGUCAGGAGAUGGCGAGUAACUUUCGUGCUGCUUUUGACAAGCUGGAAAUUCCUGAAGGUAUGAUCAAAAGAGCCAAGACAGAGGGUGGCUUCCCACUCUAUCUUUCUGGCGGUGGAUUUCGAGGUUGGGGCUAUCUUCUGCUAUAUAUGCACCAGACUCGUGGUCACCACUAUCCUAUCUCAAUCAUCAAUGGCUACUCUGCGCCCAAAAAGGAUUUUGAGAACACUAAGGCUCUGGAGGAAGCCGCUCGAACUGCAAAUGAGAUCUUCCGUGUAUCCGAUCGGCGACGAAAGCAAGUACCUUCGGUCGCGUUCUUGGUGAAUGUGCUCGCUGAAUCAUUACCUCAUGGGAUCAAGGAAGCCCACUUUUGUCAAGGAGGUGUUCGCGAGGGAGUACUGUUCCGAGAAAUGCUCCCUGUGAUCCGUCAACAAGACCCCCUCGAAGUCGCCACAGCUCUUUAUGCACCUUCAUCGGCUCAGUCAAUUGCCGCGCUGAUUUUAUCUACUUUGCCAAGACCUGAAGAUGGUCGCUCAGUCCCGUCUUCUAUGACUUUACAUCUGAUUCAAGCUUUUGCGAAUGCUCUCUAUGUGCAUGCAACUAUGUCCAAAGAGUUAUCAUCCAGCGCUGCACUAUUCAGCACAAGUACUGGUAUUCUUGCAUCGACACAUGGAAUCCCCCACUCUGAUCGCGCUCUUCUAGCUCUAAUGCUCCAAGAGCGAUAUGGUGGUGAAUUACCACCACGCGAUGUCGAUUUCAAGUCUCAUUUGCAGGGAAUUCUCACGCCAGAGGAAGUAUGGUGGACAAGAUAUAUUGGCAAGUUGGGAUUCAUCCUUGGUCAAUUAUAUCCAACUGGAUCUAUUGACUCCUCUAAGCCGCGCAUUGUUCCCACUGCCCGAUGGGUGGAUGGUCUGGGCAAGAAGGGAAAGAAGAGUGGAAUUGAGUUGAUAAUUGCUAUUCAACGGGUGGAAUAUGAUCCCACUCAUCUUAAGGAAGAACUCACGCAUGAUAUACGGAAAAUCGAGAAAGUGGGUAAAAAGAAGCAUUGGAUUGACGGUUGGGGCAUGAAAGUUGUCGUGUCCGUGCAAGAAGAGGAUCUGCUGCAAUGA